UAUGUAUAGGAAGUGUUAUUUUUCUUGCUGCUGGCAUUAUAAAAGCUGCCAGAGGUACCUCUGUCAGACAAGUCUACUUAAAUCCAGCUGUUCAAAGGUCAAAGACGAGAGACAGCGAUAUCAACAGGGAAAGUUGACAUAGAGCCAUAAGAGAGUGUCAUAUGUCCCUGCCUCAGUCUAAACACAAGAAGAUGGACCAUGAAGUGGCUUUCCUUCCCAGUGGCCCGCUGGAUAUCUACAGGAAAAAAGCCUCUUUCAGCUGGAAGGACAUGCUCCGCUUCAUAGAGGGAGAGAAAGUGAUGGCAUUCAAGCAACAUGUGUUCAAGACACUGGAGAAUGAUCCUCUGUUCGCCCGUCAGCCCGGUGAAGACGUCCCUAUCGAGAAAAUGAGAGCGCUGACCUUCCUCAGGGUGAAGCAGCUCUUCCGUUACGACUUCAUGACAAAAGAAGAGUCGCUGACCCACCCCUGGAAGACUGUGGCCUUCAAUGACUGUCUUGGCAUGUAUGACUGGACCGUGGCGUCCAAGUUCUUUCUUCACAAAGCGAUGUUUGGAGGCACUGUUGCCAACUUAGGAUCAGGAAGACACAGCAAAUAUGUUGAAAACACUGAAGACAUGACGAUGUUUGGAUGCUUUGCACUGACUGAGCUGAGCCACGGUAGCAACACCAGAGCCAUAAGGACCACAGCAACAUAUGACCCCUCCACCCAGGAGUUUGUGAUCAACUCUCCGGACUUUGAGGCUGCCAAGUUCUGGGUGGGGAACCUGGGUAAGACUGCAACCCACGCUGUGGUGUUCGCUCAGCUCUACACACCUGACCAGGUGUGCCACGGCCUGCACUCCUUUGUUGUCCCGAUGAGAGAUCCCAAGACCCUGCUGGCUCUGCCCGGCGUGCUGGUUGGAGACAUGGGCAAGAAGCUGGGCCAGAAUGGACUGGAUAACGGGUUUGCUUUCUUUGAUAAUGUGAGGAUCCCUCGGGAGAAUCUACUGAAUAAGACUGGAGAUGUUACUCCUGAUGGCCGCUACGUUACCCCAUUCGAGGACCCCAACAAGCGUUUGGGGGUGUCUCUGGGUGCCCUGUCACGUGGCAGGGUGUCCAUCACCAGAGUGGCUCUGAUCAACCUGAAGCUGGCUCUGACUGUGGCCAUCCGCUUCUCAGCCACCAGGAGACAGUUUGGACCCAAAGACCUAGAAGAGAUUCCUGUUUUGGAGUACCAGUUACAGCAAUGGCGUCUGAUCCCGUACCUGGCAGCAGCGUAUGCUCUUGAACACUUCUCUAAAUCCAUCUUCAUGAACUUUGUUGAGUUCCAGAUUGAACAGGCAGUGAGGGACAAGAGUGACAGACAAGAAGAGAUGGGCAGGGAGAUCCAUGCCAUAGGCUGCUCCAGUAAACCACUGGGCUCGUGGACCGCUCAGAGGGGCAUCCAGGAGUGCAGGGAGGCCUGCGGUGGACAUGGAUACUUGGCCAUGAACCGGCUGGGUGAGCUGCGUGAUGACAAUGAUCCAAACUGCACAUAUGAAGGAGACAACAAUGUAUUGCUGCAACAGACCAGCAACUACCUGCUCAGCUGGCUCCACGCCAAACGCUGCGAUGGUGUGCGGAUUGAGUCUCCCUUUCACACUGUGGAUUUCCUGGAGGAUUUCCACAAGAUCCUGGAAAGCAAGUUUACAGCAACAACAAUGGACGAGUUCAUGGAUUCUGCAGUGGCACUGGCGGCCUAUAAGUGGCUGGUGUGUUUCCUGCUGGAGGAGAGUCAGAAGAGGCUGGAACAGCAGAGGGCCUCGGGAAAGGAUGAGUUUGAGGCCCAUAACAACAGCCAGGUUUACUACUGCCGUUCCCUGGCCAUCGCCUACAUUGAAUACAACUGCCUCCAAAGGUUUCAUGAGCUGACUACUGAUCAGGACACACCAGCUGGUCUCAGACCUGUACUAACCAAGCUGUGUACCCUUUAUGGGCUGUGGAGCCUCAGCAGCCACAUGGCCACACUGUACCAGGGUGAUUACCUGCGUGGGGGGAAGCCUGCAGAGUUGGUCCAGAUGGCCAUUCUCACUCUCUGCUCUCAGCUGAAGGAUGAUGCAGUAGCAUUGGUGGAUGUUUUUGCACCUCCUGAUUUCAUUCUCAACUCACCUAUUGGCAAUGCUGACGGACAGCUUUACAAGAAUCUGUGGUCAGCAGUGAUGCAGGGCAGCCAGGUGCUGGAACGGCCAUCCUGGUGGAAAGAGUUCUGCUCAGACAAGCCUGUGGUUGGAUCCCUGCGUCCAAAACUCUAGUACCCAGACACACUCAACUACAGCCCUGGACAUGCAUCUGGAGUGUCCAAAUUCAACAUGUACAAUUUGUGUGCCCUCAAAAAGUUCCAACUAUGUAAUUUAAAAUGUAAUGUCCAUAUGUACACUACUUUUUGCCACAAAAAACCCCCAUAGUGCAACACCGCACCUGCCAGUUAAGGCACAAAAUGAUGAUUAUUCUUAGGGUCCAAAGUCUUACAUACAGAGUACCCUAUCAAGUGUUUUUAUAUAGUUAAUACGUGAUUUUGGACACAAUCCUGGACAUAAUCUAAAUCAGAGUCCUUAGAAUUCUCCAAAACCUGUACACUUCAGUAGUCUAGUUGAACUCAAGAACCAUUGAACCCUGGUCCAAGACAAAACAAAUAAAAAGACAAUGAUGGACACACUUAUCACUCCCUCAUGAACAAUGAA